AGGGAGGAGGAGGAGGGUCCAGAGAAGCAUGUGGAUUGAAGAGACCCGAAAGCGCACAUUUGAUCUUCUCUUCCGUGAUUAUUGACGCCGAUUAUCGUCGGCGAUUAUCGACUGCGUGACGUCAUCAGGAGACUCGGCCGUUUUGCGUCUGUGAACGAUUUUUGAUUCUUUUGGACAUUUUCGUCCGUCGGAUCAGCUUCUGUUUUCUUGCCUUUUUUUGUGUGUUAGAGAUCGCAGCUGAGAGGAUUUACAUCACACAGACUGCAUCGUUUCUACAGUAUUCUCUUUGAACAAUAUUUUUAGAUUAAUCAAACUAAGUGUGUUUGGGGAUUUACUCUUUGAUGUUUUCACUCCAAGGCAAAGAAAACUGAACUUUUUUUUUUUUUUUUUUUUUAACCAAAGAAACUUUUGGUCAGUUUGGCUUGAUAUCGCAAAGUGACAUCGCCAGCAUGCUUCAGGUGGACAUGAUCUUCCUGCUGCUCCUCCUCGUCAUCCACAUGUGCGUGCACGGCCAGGACCAGGCUUCCAAAGUGGUGUCGGACCGCUACGCCGUCUUCUGGAACCGCACCAACCCCAAGUUUUACCGAGGGGAUUACCACAUUGACGUCUGCAUAAACGAUUACCUAGACGUGUACUGUCCGCAUUACAUCAGCCCGGUGUCGGACGAGCGGGCAGAACGCUACGUCCUGUACAUGGUGAACUACGAUGGCUACAGCUCCUGUGACCACACCGCCAAGGGAUUCAAACGCUGGGAGUGCAACAGGCCCUUGUCGUCCAACGGACCGCUCAAGUUUUCGGAAAAGUUCCAGCUGUUUACACCAUUCUCAUUGGGCUUUGAGUUUCGUCCUGGCAGAGAGUACUACUACAUCUCUUCCCUCACUGACGCCAAAGGACGAAGGAGCUGCCUUCGACUCAAAGUCUUUGUUCGACCACAAAACAAUUGUGCGCGAAACUCUGGAAACGUACAGGAAGGGCUCGACUUCGACGACAAUAGUCACAACAGUCUAGAACCCAGAGAUGACAUCAGUCACGAGUCGCCCGAACCUUCUCGAAGCGACGUGAACUCCUCCCCUCGGUGCCGCAGUUCCCUCCUCCUGCUUACCACCGCCUUCAUGCUCCUGGCUGCCAUCGUGUCCUCAUAGCGCCUCACGCUGAGGAACGGACUGUCCUGAUCGGACCACAGGCUGCAAAAGGAGCACUUUUUUUUUUUUUUUUAUAGAAUUAAAAAAAUAAUUAAGGACUGACUCUUUCUCUCGGUGAAAGCGGAAAAGGUCCUCGGGGAGUAAUCACGGGUCCUUUUUUGGCGGAUGCUGAAGAGCCACAGCGACGGAUGGAGAGUCUCGUACGACUUAAUUAUUAGACUUGACACACACAUGGGUGUGUUGGCUGCAGGAUUCCUCGACGUUUACAGACAUUUCUUUUUUUUUUUUUGAGUCUUGCGAUAUAAGAGGUCAUCACAUCUCAUGUCGGGAGAUCUGGCAGGAAGUGCUUGCCUCUCAGGUGACAACGGCGUCGGAUUCGGUUGGACUGCCAGGGACCCUCGUUUCGAAUUUAUUGUAACAUUUAAAGAAGCACUCAACGGAUUUAUUGAUGUUGUAUUCUUUUUUUUUUGUACUUCAAGUGUAGCAGCCAACAUGGGUGUACAGCAAGAUACUUCAAUGACACUUUUUCUUGGUGUUUUUUUGGGGCUUUUUUCGGUCGCAGCAACAUGUUUUUAUUUAUUACCUUGUGCUAAAAAGCAAUAAACACACACAUGCACAGUAAUAACACAUUCAAAAACAAUCAUUCAAGAAUGCUUUGUUAGUCGGUGAACGUUUGAAGCUAAAUGUUUUGGUUAUUGUUUAAAAAAAAUAUAUAAUAAAAAAAAAAAGAGAGUUCAGGAAUGAAGAAAAAAAACGAUUCUGAUGUGUUAUCAGGGUAUAGAAAAAUAGCGAAAGAUGUGUUUUAAACGUGUUAUUGAUAAAUGUCACAGUUACAGUUUUGUCCUGCGUUAUUCCUUUUUUUGUUUUUUUGUUGCCAUAAGACAAUUGUUGUAAAUAGCGACGCGUUUCCUGAGAGGAGUUCAGGGAACUUAAAUGAGGUCCACAUGUACAAAGAGUUGAAAGAGCACAACAUGACUUGUAUGGACAAUUGUAUCAAGAGGCACAUUUUUCCUUGAUGAGUGGCUUGAAAACGUCACGUCCUCAAACAAUCUAUUUUAGUAGAAUUUGACGUGUAAGAACAGUGCAAAGGGGGGGGGGGGGUUCA